AAAUGAGUAUAUGUGUAAUAGCGCACGCGCAGUGUCGCUUAAAGAGAACGCUGGGUAAUAUAUUGCGAUGCAACCACCCAAGAUGGCAACGAAGUAAAACUGGUUUUUCAACAGGUUUGAGCGACUAUUCAGAGCCUUUAACUCAAAAAUAGACUCCAUCAAACCGCCGAAACUAUGGAUAGCGCUAAGAACUCUGGGGAUUUCAUGGUUGGGGGUAAAUAUCGCCUCGUAAGAAAGAUUGGGAGUGGCUCGUUUGGUGACAUUUAUCUUGGCAUCAACAUAACAAAUGGAGAAGAAGUAGCCGUGAAAUUGGAGUCAACAAAGGCUAGACAUCCCCAGUUACUGUACGAAAGCAAACUCUACAAAAUCCUGCAAGGAGGUGUAGGCAUUCCCCACAUUCGUUAUUAUGGUAACGAAAAAGAAUACAAUGUGCUUGUCAUGGACCUUUUGGGGCCCAGUUUAGAGGACCUUUUUAACUUUUGUUCGAGGAGAUUCACAAUGAAAACGGUUCUUAUGCUCGCUGAUCAAAUGAUUGGGCGUAUUGAGUAUGUUCACAACAAAAACUUUAUUCACAGAGAUGUGAAACCAGACAACUUCCUCAUGGGUAUCGGUCGCCAUUGUAACAAGGUCUUUUUGAUUGACUUUGGACUUGCGAAAAAGUACAGAGAUAGCCGCACACGGCAACAUAUAGCUUACCGGGAGGAUAAGAAUCUGACGGGUACUGCCCGAUACGCUAGUAUAAAUGCUCACCUGGGUAUAGAGCAAAGCAGGAGGGAUGAUAUGGAGUCCCUUGGUUAUGUGUUGAUGUAUUUCAAUCGUGGAAGUUUACCCUGGCAGGGCUUAAAAGCUAACACGAAAAAGCAGAAAUAUGAAAAAAUCAGUGAGAAGAAAAUGUCUACUCCAGUUGAGGUGCUCUGUAAAGGAUUCCCCGCAGAGUUUGCCAUGUACCUCAAUUACUGCCGUGGUCUGCGCUUUGAAGAAGCCCCAGACUACAUGUAUCUACGCCAGCUCUUCAGAAUCCUUUUCCGCACUCUGAACUACCAGUAUGACUACACAUUCGACUGGACAAUGUUAAAACAGAAGGCAGCAGCAGUUGCCCAAUCAUCAACUAAUCCGGUCACUCAAGGGACCACUGGUCGUUGAAGGAAACUGUUCUGACUAAAAUGUGAAAUAAAAAACACAUAACACUCAGCAAGAUGUACAUUUAUUUACACACGAUUAUCUACAUUUUAUCAUGAUAAUUAGUUAAGUGUAAAGGAAAUAAAUCUAUCAUAUUUUGGAUUUUUGUUAGAUUGUUUUUCAAAUAAUAUCUUCUUGUACUUUUUAUGAUGAUACUAAACAAUCUAUAUUGUUAUUGCAAAUAAUUCUGUGAAAACCAGCAGAAAAAAAUGUAAUCUUCACAAAAUUGUUGUUAAAUCUUGUCAAAUUUUAAUUUAGCUGCAGAAAGAGCUUAAUAUUUGUUCUGAAUUCUUUGAAAGACUCAAGAAUUAACACAAUUAUAUAAAAUUAACAAUUAACCUAGAGCUUCUUUAUUGCAAGACUUGUACUUAAUUGAUAAUCAUUAAGUAUGCAUGAGCACAAGACUAACUUAAAUUAUAACGAUGCAAGAUUGGACUGAACUUCAUUUCAUUAUCAUAUAUCAUUGGUUUCAAGGUUUUACAAACUGUGAAGGGGAAAGUGUUGUUCCUUGUAAUACAAGCAACUGAGAGCUUGGUUUUAGACGCAAUUUUGAUUUUAAACACACUGGCAUUCAAGAUUUAAAACACUGGUGCCAGAUGUUACAAAGUGCUAGAUAAGCCCUGUAUUUACAUGUAUUAAUUUUAAGAAAAGGGCUGAUUUUACCACACAUGCGGCUGAUGUCAGCAAAUCAUUAAAUGUAUUGUAUACCAGUUUGUAAUAUAUUUGGUUUCAUGCACAUGUAUAGAUAUAUAAGUUUAUACCUUUAGGCAUUUGCACUUGAAAAGUUAACUUAUUUCAAUACUGGGAAAACAUACUUGUACAUGUAACGUACAUGGCAACAACAUUUAAUUAAUUGAGUCUUUUAAAUGUGAUGCUUUCGUUUCCCUAGAUUUUGUAUACAUAGUGUUUGCUACAAAACAGAUUAGCUGAUAAUAAUGUUGUGGUGGAACUUGUUUUUUGUACAGGCCUUGUGCACAGACUAUUUAAGUUUGUAAAUAGAUUAAAUUUAUGUAAAAAGUGAUACAAUAUGUAAAAUAAUUAUCUGUUUGUCAUUGUUUACUUUGGUGAAAAACUAACCUUUAUAUGUGUAAAGCAGAGUUGCCAUUGUAAGACAACUUAACAUAAUAUAUAGAGAGCAUGGAGUGAAUGGGUUUGUGUUGUUAACACUUUGUAUCAGUAGAAUUGCCCAAGAAUUGUAAACAGAUGUUUCUUGUUAGCAGUAGUCAAAAUCUGAAAUGUUUGAAUGAUUGUUGCUAAUUCAUUCAUUGACUCUGAAGAUAAAUUAAAUUUUGAUUAGAAAAUUGGUAUACACUUGACAUUCUCUUAAUUGUCAAAAAGUAACAUGGUCUCUUACCGUAAUCUAAAGUCAUAUUGUAAUUACUUCUGUUUCUGUUGCUUUUGAUCAAGACCCUCUUCCUUCAGAGUAUUUUGUUAAUCUACAAAGCUAUUUGUGUAUUUUUGGCCUGUUUUGGAUAACCACACCUCAUUUUAUGUACAUGGAAUUUAUUUGCUCAUUUGAACAAUGCAAUGCUGUACAAUAUAGUAAAAACAAUGGAAUUCUUAGAAAUUUAAGCAUACCAUUAUUUUUUCUAUUAAGCUUUAAAACAUGUUGAGGGAUUAAAGCAAAAAGGUGUUGUGUGACAAAACUUUUCGUUUUCACCCAUCAAUAAACUUAUUAUACUGAAAGCAUUUACUUGCAGGAAUCACAUGUCGUGACUUUUUUAAUUUCAGAAGGCAGUUAGUUAAGCAUCAUAUAACAUAUUAACCAUUAUGGUCUUAUCUACAUGACAUCAGCUGUAUUUUGUUUAGUGGAAAACUUCCGUGUAAAACCUGUCUAUGUUGUAUACUUGAUUCAUGUAGAUGUGUAUAAUUUCAUUUUGCAUAUAUGACUCUUGUAUGUUUUAGACAACUCAAGUGUCAUCAGUGUAAGAACUUUCAGUUAUACUUGUAUAAAUGAUCCUGUCGUACAUAUAUUAGAAAAUAUGCUGAAAAUAAAGCUUAAAAUGUCAGAA